CACACAACUUAAGAGAUGCCCGAUAUUCAAUGGAUAGAACAGAAUUGUCUUUUUGUUGUCAUAGAGAUUUGUGAUUUUGAGAAUUCUCUUUGCUUGCAGGAACUGCUAAGUCGCACAUCUCUUGAGACACAGAAGCUUGAUCUGAUGACUGAAGUAUCUGAUCUGAAGCUCAAGCUUGUUGGUAUGGAGAAGGAGCAGAGAGAGCAGGAGGAGAAGCAGAGAAAAGCAGAGGAGUUACUGCAAGAGCUCAGGCAUCUCAAAAUCAAGGUGGAAGAGUUGGAAAAUGAGAGGAAUCAGUAUGAGUGGAAGCUGAAGGCCACUAAGGCUGAGGUCGCUCAGCUUCAAGAGCAGGUGGCCCUGAAGGAUGCAGAGAUCGAGCGUUUGCAUAGCCAGCUCUCCCGGACUACUGCUUUCCACAGUGAGCAUGUCGAGAAAGACCAAGAAAUUCAGCGUCUGAAAAUGGGGAUGGAAACCUUGCUGGUUGCCAAUGAAGAUAAGGACCGCCGGAUUGAGGAGCUUGUGGGACUUUUAAACCAAUACCGGAGGGUGAAGGAGAUUGUGAUGGCCACUCAAGGUUCCUCAGAAAGAACUCUCUCAGUCAAUGAAGAAGAAUUGGAUGGGGGUUUCAAAAAGUGGAACAAUGCAAACAAAGGGCCUGAAGAAUUAUUUAAGCAAGAGAUGGCUCAAAGAUGUAGCUCACCCACAGUGGGGCCACCACCUCCACUUCCACAGAAAUCACUAGAAUCCAGGGCUCAGAAAAAAUUCUCUUGUAGUUUAGAAGACCUGAGAAGUGAAUCUGUGGAUAAGUGUCUCAGUGAUGGGAACCACCUCUCUCCAGUAACAGAACCUAAGGACAGCCCUUUUCAGACAGAGCACAAAUACCCCACACUACCCGGGAAGCUGUCAGGAACCAUGCCUAAUGGAGAGGCUGCCAAACCUCCUCCCAACUCCUCCCAGCCGGACCCUGCAGGGAGCAGCCUGCUGAGGCUGAAUCGUGGCCGGAGUGUCAGUGCCCCCGUAUUAGGAGACACCGAAAGUGGUUGGGAUGACACAGCUAUGACCAAUGACCUCUCCUCCACAUCAUCUGGCACUGAGUCAGGACCCCAGUCUCCCCUGACACCAGAUGGCAGACGGAGCCCCAAAGGCAUCAAGAAAUUCUGGGGGAAAAUUCGAAGAACUCAGUCAGGAAAUUUCAAUACCGACACUCCAGGGGUGGCAGAGUUCCGGCGAGGUGGACUCCGGGCAACUGCAGGGCCAAGACUAUCUAGAACCCGAGACCCAAAGGGUCAGAAAAGUGAUGCUAAUGCCCCCUUUGCACAAUGGAACACGGAACGUGUGUGCGCGUGGCUGGAGGACUUCGGCCUGGCUCAGUACGUGAUCUUCGCCAGGCAGUGGGUCACCUCUGGCCACACUUUAUUGACAGCUACGCCUCAGGACAUGGAAAAGGAGAUGGGAAUCAAGCAUCCUCUUCAUAGGAAGAAGCUGGUUUUAGCAGUGAAAGCCAUCAAUGCCAAGCAGGAGGAGAAGUCUGCUCUGUUAGACCACAUCUGGGUGACACGUUGGCUUGAUGAUAUUGGCUUACCCCAAUACAAAGACCAGUUUCAUGAGUCCAGAGUUGAUGGACGGAUGCUGCAAUACUUAACUGUGAAUGAUCUACUCUUCUUAAAAGUCACCAGCCAACUACAUCAUCUCAGCAUCAAAUGUGCCAUUCACGUGCUGCACGUCAACAAGUUCAAUCCCCACUGCCUGCACAGGCGGCCGGCUGAUGAGAGUAACCUUUCUCCUUCAGAAGUUGUGCAGUGGUCCAACCACAGGGUGAUGGAGUGGUUGCGAUCUGUGGACCUGGCAGAGUAUGCACCCAAUCUUCGCGGGAGUGGGGUCCAUGGAGGUCUCAUUAUCCUGGAGCCACGCUUCACAGGGGACACCCUGGCUAUGCUUCUCAAUAUCCCACCUCAGAAGACACUCCUCAGACGGCACCUCACCACCAAGUUUCAUGCCUUGAUUGGUCCUGAAGCUGAACAAGAAAAGCGAGAGAAAAUGACCUCGCCUGCUUACACACCGCUGACCACCACAGCCAAAGUCCGGCCCAGAAAACUAGGAUUUUCACAUUUUGGAAACAUAAGAAAAAAGAAGUUUGAUGAAUCGACUGACUACAUUUGCCCGAUGGAAUCCAGUGACAGGAUUGGUGACAGUCACAAGGUCUACAGUGGCUACCGGGGCCUUAGCUCCCUCGAUGCCCCUGAACUGGAUGGGCUGGACCAGGUGGGACAGAGUAGCUGAUGCCCUUGUCACCUGCCUUCUCUGUGCACCGUGAGAGCUCACAGUAACACCGCGUGUGUCUCCAUAUAACCGCACCUCACGCACCGCACAUGUGCAUGUCUCGCAGAGAAUAUUCCAGCAAGCUGUGUGCCCCUGGGCCUUCGCUCUCCAAACCCUGGGGGCGGUCACAGUGUUAUGGAGUCGAACUUUUCCUAUGGGGCUAGGCUUUGGGGACUUUUUUCCUUUUUUUUUUUUUUUUUCCUUUUGCCAAAGAUGGACUCAGGAAGAAAGACAUUUAAAGAUGCUUGUACAUUUAUAGUUAUUCUGUCUGUCUGUUUUCAGCUUCAGGGAAACAGGUGAUCUUGGACACUGGUCCAGAGACAAUGGACAAUCCCAGGAGGCUCAGCUGCCAGGUCCUUCCCCAAGUGCCUUAGGCCUGGGGCCACAGAGUCUCAGCUGAAAUGACCUGGAUGGCAGCAAGGCUUUUGUCACAGCGACAGUGUAAUUGCCUUGUGCCUUGCUGCAGAGGAGGCUGAUUCUUGCUGGUAAUAAACACAGUAUUUAUAUUGAAAACAAA